GCCUUGCAGUGAGUCGCACUGACGGAAUUUCCCUACCGGGUUGGAGAAAGGGUGCACUGUAAUUUACAGCACUCCACAUGGAAAGGAAGUGCCUUAUAUGGACAUGGAAGUAGGCGUGGCUAACGGACUGGACAGGAUCACAAGACCGAUCUGAAAGCGAGUGUUUUCGUGUGCGCGAUUACUGGGAAGAGGAAGGCAGUGGCGGAAUUGUUUAUGGCUUCUCUAUAUGUGCAAAGCGACAUGCUUGCGUGAUCUCACUGCAGACAAAUGCAGCAGAAAAAAUGACUUAUUUUACAAUUUCCUUUUGGUUUCUCUAUUUUCCCAGUCGCUCUGCAAUUUGUUAAGCACGGUUGAUCUCCUCUUGACUGGACGGGAAAUAAUAGUGAGGUCAGCACGGCAUGACUCAACCUUGGAGAUGCAUGCAGUCAUUUCUGUUCGAUCUCGAACUGGGUGCGUGGACCACGCAGUCAUGCUGGGGGUACUCGAGGGAGCAGAAGAGAAACGUAACGAUUAUGAUCUUGGGCUCCGCCUAUGAAUGAAGGCCUCGAGCGGACCCUCAGACGUCUCGAUCCACCGACCUUGGAGCGGAGGAGGCCGAGGAGGAGGAGACGGAGGAGGAGAAGGAGAAGGAAAGGGGCGUGUAGUCUUCAAACCCCUUGUCCUCUCCCUGUGAUUGUCUGCCGUGCCCCCCCCCCUCCCCCCCGCCCCAGUGGAGCUCUGACAGCCACCCUUUAACGGUCUUGCCCUUUUUUUUCUUUUUAAAAUACAUAUAUAUAUUGUUCUAGAAUAAUUUCUGUUAGGACUGUGAACAGUCGAGGACGAGCGCAGCCUAGGCGCGUACGGACAGCUGGGUAACCAGGCCCUGCUGAAGACAGGGUCUCAGGCUCGCUGGUGUCGCCGUGUGGUUUGGGUGUUUUUGGAGUGCCCUGCCACACACUGCCCCGCCGCACCCCGUCCCCCCAUCCCCAACCAACCCACCCACCCCCCGCCCCCCCCCACCCCCCACCCCCUCUUUGCUUGAUGACAUAGCCAUGAGCGUGCCGCCCCAGCAGAAACCCAACGCCAAGAGGACGGGUAAACGCAUAUCCUUCUUCAACGAGCAGGGCGUGGCCAUGAAGGAGCCGGUGGUGCAGCCGGCCGAGGCGGGGUUCUUCGGCCUCAUGCCCCCGCCGUCGGAGCAGAGGCCCGGCGAGGCGGGGGGCGUCCCGGCCUCCGGCGCGGAGGGGCCCAACCUCUACGUCAACUCCGUCAUCUUCAGCCCCGACAAGGGCGGCGAGCAGAGCCGGGGCCACUACCAGCACACGGUGCCCAUGAAGUGGCCCCACCAGGAGGCCCCGCAGCAGACCGCGUGGCCCCAGGGCAUCUCCAUCCCCUCCUGGUCCCAGGGCUAUCCCCAGUACCUGGGCGUGGGCCUCGGCGACGCCAGGGGCGGCCAGGCCGCCUUCCUGAAGCCCAUCAACGAGAAGCAGCAGCUGCCCAACCCCGCCGACAGGGACGUGGCCAAGGCCCGGGCCAUGGACUGGGAGCAGCAGCAGCAGCAGCAGCAGCAGCAGCAGAACGUGGCGGCCAUGCAGCAUGCGCACGCGCAGGCCUACCAGCAGGGCCAGAAGCCGGCGGUGCUGCAGAGCCAGCCGCAUGCCUCGGCGCAUGUGGCCCCCGGGUCCGUGCUGCAGCCCUUCCAGGUCGCCUUCGGGCAGCCCAGGCCGCCCCUCUCCUCCGACUACUACCAGGUGUUCCAGAGCAACCGAACCUUGCCCAACAUGAACUACACUGCGCAGCCAAAGGCCCAGCACCAGCUGCAGCUGCAGCAGCAACAGCAGCAGCUGCAGCAGCAACAGCGGCAACAGCAACAACAGCAGCAGCAACAGCAACAGCGGCAACUUCAGCAGCAGCAGCUGCAACAACAGCAGCAGCAGCAGCAGCUGCAACAACAGCAGCUGCAGCAACAACAGCAGCAGUUGCAGCAACAGCAGCAGCAGCAGCUGCAGCAACAGCAACAGCAACAGCAGCAGCAGCAAAACCAACAGCAGCAGCAGCAGCACCCGCAGCAGCAGCACCAGCUUCAACCACACCCGGCCCAAAUUCAACACCCAAACCAACACUUUCCAAACUUCUUCCAAAGCACCCACCUGCUCCAUGACAACCCGCACGUUCAGCAGCCCCCACCUCAGGCUUUGGGGCCCCCGGCCCCACCCCAGGGGCCCAGCGUCCAGGUCCCCGUGGACCCUCCCGAGGCCGAACCCCAAAAGUUCCCAUCGGGCCCCCAGCAGCCCCCGGACGCCCCGCAGCCCGCCCCCCGCAGGUCCCGUCGGCUCUCCAAGGAGGGGGGCGUGCCGCCGUCGGGUGACGGCCCCUUCCUGGCGCCCAUGUCCCAGCCGGGCCAGGGGCCCCAGAACGGGGGCCCCGAGGGCCGGGGGGCCCCCGCCAACGAGGACGUCCAAACGGCGGCCACGGGGGUGAUCCAGAGCACGCGGAGGAAGAGGAGGGCGUCCCAGGAGGUGAACCUGGAGACGCUGGCGCAGAAGGCCUCCGAGAUGGAGUCGCUGCCUCCGCAGGUCGUCAAGCCGGAGCCGGGGGAGAUUUGGAUGCCCGGCGGUACGGCGGCCGCCCCGGGCCGAGGCGCGGGCGAGAGGGAGGGCGUGAGCGCCAAGCGUUCCCGUGACGACCUGCUGCCGCUGGUGAUCCCGGUGUCCGUCCCGGUGCGGAGGGCCGACCACCCCUCGCCCGACCGGGAGCAGGCGGACCCGCUGGGGGCGUGGCCUGCCCGGCCCGCGGGCCUGCCGGGCCUCGGCCAGCCCGAGCACAAGCCCUCCGUCAUCGUGACCCGCCGACGCUCCCUCCGCAACUCGCUGUCCGAAAGCUCCGGCCUGAACGGCGGUGGCGAGGGAGGGAAAGACGACGACGGAAAAAAGUCCAAACGCCGGCCCCGCCCCGAGCCGCUCUUCAUCCCGCCCCCGAAGCCGGGCACCUUCAUCGUCCCGCCCGUGUACUCCAGCAUCACGCCCUACCAGAGCCACCUGCGCUCGCCCGUGCGCCUGGCGGACAACCCGCUGACCAUGCCGCCCUACACGCCGCCGCCCAUCCUCAGCCCCGUGCGCGAGGGCUCGGGCCUCUACUUCUCCACCUUCCUGUCCUCGGCCGCCGCCGCCGCCGCCGCCGCCAACAGCCAGGGCCUGCCGCCGCCCGCCACGCCCAAGUCCGCCACCCGCAGCCUGCUGCGCUCCAACAGCUGUGAUAUAACACCCCCGGUUCUCUCUGCGAUGGGCGAGGCCACACCAGUCAGCAUCGAACCGCGGAUUAACAUUGGCACUCGGUACCAGGCGGAGGUGCCCGAGCUGCGGGACCGUUCGGCUGCCCAGCAGGACCAGCACCUGGCCGAGAUCGUUUGGACUCCGCUGCCCGAGCUGGAGUCCAAGCCCGCUCAGCAGGAAAGAGUGAAUGACCUCAUGAACCUGGCCUGCUCCAGUGCUCUGUGUGGGGGUGGGACCAAUCAGGAGCUGGCCCUUCACUGCCUCUACGAGUGCAAGGGUGACAUUCUGGGAGCUCUUGCCCUCUUGCUGCUGAAGAAGCCGAUAUUUUCCAAGACCCACCCGCUGGGUAACUACCACUACUCAGGGUCUGACGCCUGGACGCCCGCGGAGAAGCGCUACUUCAACAAAGGCAUCAGCGCGUACAAGAAGGACUUCUUCAUGGUUCAGAAAGUGGUGCGCACAAAGACGGUGGCGCAGUGCGUGGAGUUCUACUACACCUACAAGAAGCAGGUAAAGAUUGGCCGCAAUGGGACCCUCAUCUACGGGGACACCGAGCCCCCCGAGGCGAAAGCCACCGAGGCGGAGGUGGACGUCAAGAGCUCGCAACGAUAUGAAACACGGAAGGAGGAAGACGCUGACCAGAAGUGGGAUGGGCCAUGUGACAGGAAACAGAACAGUAGCCCCCCCAGGGUGACACAAACACUCCAGGCCUCUGAGAACGUAAGGAGGGGGGGGGGGGGGGGUGUUUGCGGGUGGGGGAGGGGAAGACAAAUAACAGUUUUAUAUAAUUUGAAGAAAUCCUGUUUAAUAUUAAGAUAUAUAAACAUCAACUGCCUGCGGAACGCCGUCUCGGAGAACUCCCCCGCGGACACGCGCGCUGCCUCCCUCAGGGUGUUCUUCAAGGUGAAGAGCCGCAGUGCGCACAUGAAGAGCCACGCGGAGCAGGAGAAGAAGGCGGCGGCGCUGCGGCUGAAAGAGGCCGAGGAGCGGGCGGCAGCGGAGGCGGCGGCAGCAGCAGCGGUGGCGGCGGCGGCGGCGGCGGCAGCGGAGGAGGAGGAGGAGGAGGAGGAGGCGCGGCAGAACGGAGAGAAGGAGCAGGGCGAAGAGAGCAGCGACGAGUCCUCGGAGGAGGGGGAGGACGUGGACGACGAGGACUGGCACUGAGCGCGCCCGGAAAAAAACGAGGAGCAAAAAACUUAAACAACAACAACAACAAAAAAAAAACAAACAUGGCGGACGGAGAACGGCAGGGCGAGGCACGCACUCGGCCACGGAGAACACCGUCAGCUGGAGAACAAAGACACGCGUUUGGUUGGGUUUAGUUUCUUUUCUUUUUUUUUUUCUUUUUUAAAUGGGAUAUUUUCUUCCCAACCCGGACACGUUCAAAGAUGGGCCCUACCCCCCUGUGUGUGAGAGUGUGUGUGUGCGUGCGCGUGCGCGUGCACGUGUGUGUGUGUGUGUAUGUGUGUGUGUGUACUCUCUGGUCUCGUUAUUUAUUUAUUUUGCUCUUUGGAAGACUUUCAGGAGUUCUUUUUUUAUCCGUACUGGGCCACAGGGAGUGACAGCCAUUUCCUAACUGCGUGAAAGCGUUUGCUGAACAGUGUGUACAGCAGUGCCCUCCCCCCAACACUCCUACUGAGCACUUUGGGACUGACCCGGCACAGAAAUGGGGAGGACCGAGGGUGUGCUGAACUUGGCGUGUGCAUCUCGAACCCCCCCCCGCCCUAGGGCCACGCCCUAACACCUGCAGGGUUGGGGCGCGGCAAUAUGUGGAGCGCUGCUCUCUCUCUCUCUCUCUCUCUCUCUCUCUCUCUCUCUCUCUCUCUCUCUCUCUCUCUCUCUCUCUCUCUCUCUCUCUCUCUCUCUCUCUCUCUCUCUCUCUCUCUCUCUCCCUCUCUCUCUCUCUCUCUCUCAACGUGAAUAUACCAUCAGUAAUAUUAAGGUAGGGUUCAGUGAUAUGUUACAAUGCAAAAAAAAAAAAAUUAAUAAAUAAAAAUUAUGUAAUUAGGAAGUCCGGGGGGAGAAAAACCAAACUGACUGUGUGGGGGUAUGGGGGGGGGGGGGGCAGGCAGUGAUGUCGGGGUGCACAGCACAAGUCUGGCUUCUCACAGGACUGCGGAAUGCACAUGCUCACUUAAAUGUUUCUAUGCCCUAUCCACACCACCCCUAUCCUGUCCCACCUCUCCCACACUUAAGACUGCCAAAAGCUUGCACAUAUCCACAGGAAGCUCACUUCCAGCAUUCAGUGCUGGACUGUGGGGUUUUCUCUCCUUGUUUAUUGUAAUACCCCCCACCCCAACUGUUAAUGCCUUGGAUGUUUAUGCUUUUUACCUAAACCAGACAAUCAGUUUCACAAAGGUUCUUUUUUUAUUCAACAACUUAUGAUAAUUAUUAUUAUUAUUACUGUAUUGAUGUCUGUUUAUAUUCCUAUAUUAUUAUUAUUAUUGUUGUUGUUUAUUGGUGUAAUUUAGAUUUGUUGUAGUUCUUUUUCUCAUCUGGCUUAAAGUUUAUAUAUAUAUAUAUUUUUUUUUUUAAACAGUCCCAAUUAUACAGAAUUUUGGCUGUGUGUGAAAAUUGGGUUGUGGGCAUAAAACGUUUAGACACCAGUCUCGGAAGUGAAAUACAAUGUUGUGAUAUCCAACUGUAGAAGUCUAUAUACCCCCCCCCCCCCCCCCACGGCUAGGACAAGGCAUAUAUACAGUACUUUACAGGACCCGCUUUCUUAGAUUGUCAAGAAGUCUGCUUUCAGCCCUUCCUGGGUUCUCCCUUACUUUUCCAGUCUGAAGAAAAACAAACUUCAGUUCUCUUGCCCUAGCUACCAGGAUCCGUUUCCAUGGCAGCAGAGACUGGGUGUUCUUUGAAUUUAUCUUCCUUCCCCUUUGAUUAAAUUUACAGCCAAGCGUCGCGGCUCCUUUCGUAUCUCUAGUUUACUUUUUUUGGGUCUGUGGACAAAUUUGUGAGUGCGGCGUAUCUUUGACCUUUCAGUUUGUGCGUUUUGCAUGUGUGUGUGUGUGUGCGCGCAUAUGUGUGUGUGUGCACGUGUAUGUCUGCGUGUUUGCAUCUUAAAGCCAAAACCUUCAGUCGGAAACUUCAGGACCAUAUGAGAAAAAGAACUUGCCUGACUGUUCUUUUUUUUUAUAUUCAAUUUAUAUUUUUAAACUUCUGAAGAGAUUCACCAGUUCUGAUCUACAAACAGGUCACUGUGCUGCAGUUAUUCCGUUUUCUAUAGAAAUAUAAUGGAGUGAAUUGAUUUUAGGUUACAAACUCUAAGUUGAAAACACUCCUUUCAACCAGUACAGUUAGUUAAGGGAGCUGCAGAUUGAAAAAAAUAAUAAUAUACAUAAAGUAUAUAUAAUUAUAUGUAUCCAUAUUUUCUAUAUUUUCAUAAGGAGCCUAGGACACACUAAUUGUGAAAACAGAAAGGAAUCUCAAUGGCUUUUUACUACAGUGUAAUUUAUUUGUUUUAAUUGGUUGAUUUCUUUCACUUUUUGAAUAAUAAAAUGAGUAAAAAAACACCUUUUAUUAAAAAUUUGAACUUAAAAGUUA